AUGUACUAUGUAGAAAUUUACAAGAAAACCUACAAGUAUCCAAUGCAUGGGAUGAAUGGUAGAAAUAUGUGGCCAUCUAUGGAAUUCAUUGCACCUUUGCCACCAUUGAAGAGAAAAAUGCAAGGUAGACCUAAAGUUAAUAGAAGAAAGGAUGCAAGUGAAAGGGGUGCAAGACAUAUUUUGUCAAAGGUUGGGAAAAAAAUUAUGUGUAGUGUAUGCAAGCAAGUAGGACAUAACAAGGUUACAUGUUCUCAAGCUGAAAAACCAACAAAACUCAAGGUAAAGAAAAGGAAGAGAACAGAUGGUAAUGAUGGGGAAGGAAGCAGUGGUAAGAAGGCAAUGGAUGGUAAAGAUGAGAAAGGAACUAGGGGUAAUAAGGGCACUAAUGGUAAUGAUGGGGAAGGAAGCAGUGGAUCAAAUUGUGAUGUUUCAGAUUAA